CUCACCUAAACCAUUCAAAGGCCGGUGUUUGAGCGAAACGGAACCUUCUACGGCUGCUUCAUUGAAAAGUGUUCCGCUUGCAUCCCAGUUGUAGUAGUAGAUAAACUUAAUCAACAGAGAAGGUCGAUGGAGUAUUCGAUUGUACUUCAAUGGGUGGCUUGUGUGGUCUUCAUCUGUUUUCUAGUUUACAAGGCUCUAACCAAAAAUUAUGACUACUGGGCGAAACAGAAUGUUCCAUUUGUGAAGCCUCGUAUGAUACUAGGAUCUGUUGAAAGUGGCAAGCCUCUACACGAACUAGAAAGGGAAUGGUAUAAUCGUUAUGGAAGAAUUUACGGGAGAUAUGACGGAAGUGCACCUGUACUUUGCGUUGCUGAACCGGAACUGUUAAAAAGAGUACUUAUUAAGGAUUUUCACAUAUUUCAAAAUCGAAGAGAUUUGGCAUUUAACGAUCCUAUAAUGGACAACACUUUGUUCGUGCUUGAAGGAGAAGCUUGGAGAAGAGUUAGGAAUAUAGUAACACCCACGCUUACAUCAGCAAAGCUGAGAAGGAUGUUGCCCUUGUUAGAUGAAUGUUCAGACCUCCUAGUGAAAAAUCUGGCUGAAAUUGUGAAUAAAGGACAAGCUAUCAGUUGCCAAAAGGUAUUCAGCGCUUUCACGUUAGAUGCAAUCGGCAGAUGUGCAUUCGGAAUGACGAUUAAUUCUUUAGCAAGCGAAGAUGACCCUUUUGUUGCCAAAGCAAAUAUGUUGUUGCAGUGCUUCAUGUCUUGGAGAACCUACAUCACACUUAUUUUCCCAAGAUUGAUGAAGUUACUACGAAUGAAGCUUCUUAAUCCAGAAACGACUGAGUUUUAUAAAAAUAUUAUUCUUCAGGUUGUGGAAGAACGGAAAAAGGUUCAUGCGGUCCGGGAAGAUUUCCUUCAGCUGCUACUGGAUGCGGAGAAUGAGUCCACUGAUUCCAAUAACAACAACACUAAAUCUCAGUAUACCACUGUAAAUUGCACCAAAGACAAUACCAGCGGGACAAUGGAAAUAAAACCAGUCACCAAAGGUCUCUCACAUGAUGAAUGUCUGUCUCAGUGCAUUAGCUUUUUCAUAGCUGGAUAUGAUGCUACAACAUCAUUAUUGUCUUAUGUUUUGUACAACAUGGCCAUGCAUCAGAACUACCAAGAUACAGUCGUAAAGGAGAUCGAAAAUGCGCUGGAAAAACACGAUGGCGUCUUAAACUACGAUACCUUAUCCGAUUUGAAAUUUAUGGAUGCAGUCAUAAGCGAGUGUAUGAGAUUGUGUCCAACAAUGGUGAGGUCAGACAGAAGAGCAGAAAGCGAUUAUGUUUUUGGAGACACAAACAUUGUCCUAAAAAAAGGAAUGCUAGUCAGCAUCCCGAUAUAUGCUAUACAUCGAGAUCCAGAGUGGUACCCUGAACCUGAUGUGUUUAAGCCAGAGAGAUUCUAUAAUCCAGAUCCCAACCGACCACAAUACGUUCAUCUUCCUUUCGGUGCUGGCCCCAGGAUUUGUGUAGGCAUGAGAUUUGUUCAGAUGCAAGUAAAAUUGUGUCUAGCAAAAGUUUUACUAAGGUUCCAAGUCCAUCCAGCACCAACGACGCCGGAAUGUUUGGAAUAUACUGAAAUUAGGAAUGUUUUAAAAGUCAACCAUGUUGAAGUUUCUCUCUCUGAGCGGGCAGUCUGAUGGAAACAUUUUUGUCGUUGUUUGCGUGUCAGUUUUGCAAGCAACAUUUUGUUAAUGUGCCAAAUUAAAUUCCUAUCAAGUUCAAAAAGUUAUAAUAUGUUUCAUAGAUGUUCAGCAUAAUUAACUGUUCAUCUGGACAAAUGUAUAUUAUUAUCGGUAACUGUUGCUCUAGUUAGAGAAAUUGAAACACAUGACUGUGCAUUUUUAUAUAUUAUUUUCUGUUUGAUCGCUUUCAAUUCUCUAGCUCUGGCGACAGUAUGUAAAAAGUGUAAAUAUAUACUAAUAUAUUCAGUUGUAAAUAUUUAUCAAAAUUGUAAAUGAAGCAUCAGAGUUAUGAUAGACAGAUGUUAGUCAGAAAUGUAAGCAAGAAUAUUCUCUGGUAUUUUAAGAGCAGUAAAAUCAUAAAAAAGAGAACGUGCGAUUCUUUCCGCUCGAAGAAUGUCUAAAAUUAAGAGAGCAAAUAAUUAGUUACAUAUUAUAAAUAAUAUAAUAGUUAAUAAGCACGUGAUUUUCUAACGCUGGGAAAUUCAUUUACCUCAGUAUAAUUUUUUUAUUUAUUCCUAAUUAAAUUUCUCACCCCGAAAUAUAACUUGGAAAGUUUUAUUACAGUGAGUCAAAAUUGAGAAUUAUUGCGAAGGGCGUAACGACAGAAUAUGUAACUUAUGUUACCAAAGGUAGAAUAAUUCUUUGCAAGGUCAACUAAUUCAACUCUUUAAUAGAAAUUGUUCUGUUAGUAAUUAAAGUAGAUGAAGAGCAUCUUAGCUCUCCCGACAGACUAACGCACAUUAUCUGUCUGCUAUCAGUAACUAAUGUUUGAUUUUUAUUUCCUCUCAGUCACAUUGUUUUCUUUGCUGUUUUAUAAAAUAUCUUCCUACAUACUACUCAUAAAAAUAUUUUCAGUUAACUGGUUACGAUAUUAAUUUUUGUAUAGUAGCAAGUUCUUCGACUCUUUUAAAAUCUUUUCAUAGUACCAUAAACUACAUAUAUACAUAUGUAAUGUUGAGUUAGCUGGCUUUGAUUUCAAUUAUAGUAUGAUUUUAUAAGAUCUUCGAUGCUUAUGAAACCUCUUUCCGCGUGAUAUCACAAACUGUGUUACUUUAAGUUAAUUAAUUGGCUUUGAUAUUAAUUCUGAUUUCCCAGAAAGACUUUUGCGUGCAUAAAUUCUGUAUAAGUAUAUCAAUUAUAUUUAGUAGUUAAUAUAACGCCUUCAUAAAAAUAUUCAAAAUAUAUAAGUUAGCGUUUCAAACGACUUAGUAAUUUCUAAGAUUCUUUAAAAGAGAGAAAGCAUUUUAGUAUUGUAAAGUUAUAUUAAAAUGCAUUUAUUAUUAAAUAAACACAUUUUUAAACCAAAGCUAUUUAACUAGGAUUAGUUAUUUCAAUAAGCAAUAAAUCAUUGCAAACCUCAGCUCAGUCACUUCGAUAGCACAAUCUUUUUCAUUUGUCAGUAAUAAAUUAAUUCAGAAAUGUACAUAAACCAGACGAGAGUUUUAUAUAUAUGUAUAAAUAUAUAUUUAUGUACUUAAGAAAUUUAUGUAAAUGUUUAUUUUUUCAUUCACGAAGAGUUCAUUUGUCUAGAUGAUAAGCUCAAUCUGAGAAGUUUCUCAUCUCCAUAUGUAAGAGAGGCAGCUUUUGCUUCAAUGCAUUUAUAUUCAUUUGUCAUUUCUAUGCACAGACGACUAAUACGUGAAUAAAGAAAUUUAAAAAAA